UACACUUUCAGAUGCUGCUUUUCUGUAUCAGCUGGGAAGUACGGUUACAACGAGGAAUACAAAUUAAGAACAAAGAACCCAAAUUCUUUUAAAAAUUCUGGAUCCAAGAGCGAACAAUAUUUGGGAAAGGCUUGCAAUGGUAUUUUCCUGGCGAGAAGAUCCUGGAGCCCAACGCCUGCUGCUCUCGCUUCUAUUCCUCGCAAUUUGGGAAGAGGGGAGCGGCCAGCUCCAUUACUCGGUCCUGGAGGAGGCCAAACACGGCACCUUCGUGGGCCGCAUCGCGCAGGACCUGGGGCUGGAGCUGGAGGACCUGGUGCCCCGCCUGUUCCGGGUGGCGUCCAAGGGCCGCGCGGACCUUCUGGAGGUAAAUCUGCAGAAUGGCAUCUUGUUUGUGAAUUCUCGGAUCGACCGGGAGGAGCUGUGCGGGCGGAGCGCAGAGUGUAGCGUCCACCUGGAGGUGAUCGUGGAGCGGCCGCUGCAGGUUUUCCAUGUGGAGGUGGAAGUGAAAGACAUUAAUGACAAUCCGCCGGUUUUUCCAAUGGCGGUAAAAAACCUGUUUAUUUACGAAUCCCGACAGCCUGGCUCUAGAUUUUCGCUAGAGGGCGCAUCAGAUGCAGACAUAGGUGCAAAUUCGUUGUUGACUUACAGCCUUGAUUCCAGUGAAUAUUUUACUUUGGACGUUAAAAGAAAUGAUGAAGAAAUUAAAUCUCUUGGACUGGUGUUGAAAAAACUUUUAAAUCGAGAGGACAUACCUAAUCAUCAUUUAUUGAUAAAGGCAAUUGAUGGUGGGAAACCAGAACUCACUGGUACAACUCAACUGAAUGUCACCGUUCUAGAUGUGAAUGACAACGCCCCAACGUUUGAGAAGACGGUCUACAAGGUCAGAUUAUUCGAAAAUGCACCAAAUGGUACCUUAGUGGUGAUUGUUAAUGCCUCUGAUUUGGAUGAAGGAAUAAAUAAGGACAUUGAAUAUUCUUUCAAUACAGACAUAUCUGCAGAUAUUCUGUCGAAAUUCCACUUAGACCCAGUAAAUGGAUACAUCAGUGUAAAGGGUAAAAUAGAUUUCGAAGAAACUAAGUCAUAUGAAAUCCAAGUAGAAGCGAUAGAUAAAGGAACUCCCCCAAUGGCAGAUCAUUGCACGGUUCUAGUGGAAAUUGUGGACACCAAUGAUAAUGUACCGGAGUUAUAUAUCAAAUCACUGUCCCUACCUGUAUUAGAAAACUCUCCAGUUGGAACCGUUAUAGCCCUAAUCAGCGUAUCAGACCAAGACUCAGGGGCGAACGGACAAGUGACCUGCUCCCUGACGCCCUACGGCCCCUUCAAGCUGGUGUCCACCUUCAAGAAUUACUACUCGCUGGUGCUGGACAGCGCUCUGGACAGAGAGAGCAUUUCUGACUACACCGUGGUGGUGACAGCGCGGGACGGGGGCUCGCCUUCGCUCUGGGCCACCGCCAGCGUGUCGGUGGAGGUGGCUGACGGGAACGACAACACGGCCCCGCCCACGGUGCUGGUGUCUCUGGUGGACAGCGGCCAGGCGCCUAAGGCCUCUUCGCGGGCGAUGGUGGGCGCUGCUGGCCCCGAGUCGACCCUGGUGGACGUGAACGUGUACCUGAUCAUCGCCAUCUGCGCGGUGUCCAGCCUGCUGGUGCUCACGCUGCUGCUGUACACGGCGCUGCGGUGCUCGGCGCCGCCCCCAGAGGGCGCUUGCGGGCCUGGGAAGCCGACGCUGGUGUGCUCCAGCGCGGUGGGGAGCUGGUCAUACUCUCAGCAGAGGAGGAGUCAGAGGGUGUGCUCUGGGGAGGGCCCUCCCAAGACCGACCUCAUGGCCUUCAGUCCCAGCCUUCCGCCAUGUCCAGUUAGUGGGGAUUCCAGGGAACAACUGGCUGUGGACGUUGAUCUUUCUGAUAAAAUGCAGUAA